AUGGCGGCGGCGAUGGUGUGGGUGCCGAUACUGGAGGAGGGGGUGUUCCGGUUCGACGCGUCGGAGGCCGCGCGCGCGGCGGCCGGGCCCAGCCUGUCGUUCGCCGAGCCGCGCCGCCGGGAGGUGGUACUGCGUGAGGGGGUGGACGACGCCGGCCGCCCCGCGGUCGUGCCGGAGUGCGAGGUGGUGGGUGACGACGUCCACAGGAUUCUCAUCAAGCUUCCUUAUGGGACAUCUUUCUACGGCACAGGAGAAGCAAGUGGCCCACUUGAACGAACCGGGAAACGAGUUUUCACCUGGAACACAGAUGCAUGGGGAUACGAGUCAGGAACCACUUCACUAUAUCAAUCACACCCUUGGGUGUUGUCCAUCCUCCCAGAUGGAAAGAGCCUCGGUGUCCUAGCUGAUACCACACGCCGUUGUGAGAUUGACUUGAGACAAGAAUCUACUAUAAAGUUUGCUGCCCUAUCUGCUUAUCCUAUCAUUACUUUUGGGCCAUUUGAUACACCGGCCCAAGUGGUGGCAUCCUUGUCUCAUGCGAUUGGAACUGUGUCCAUGCCUUCAAAAUGGGCUCUCGGCUAUCAUCAAUGUCGCUUUAGCUACAAGUCUUCUGAGAGAGUCCUUGAGGUUAUUAGAACAUUUAGAGAGAAAGGCAUUCCUUGUGAUGUGGUUUGGAUGGAUAUUGACUACAUGGAUGGUUUUAGAUGCUUCACAUUUGACAAUAACCAUUUCCCUGAUCCAAAAUCUAUGGUUGAUGAUCUACAUUCCAUCGGUUGUAAAUCAAUCUGGAUGCUUGACCCGGGAAUAAAGGAAGAGAAGGGUUACUUUGUGUAUGAAAGUGGUUCAGAAAAUGAUGUGUGGAUUAAAAAGGCAGAUGGUAGCCCAUUCAUUGGGGAAGUAUGGCCUGGUGACUGUGUUUUCCCGGAUUUCACCAGUGAAAGAAUCCGCACAUGGUGGGCUAGAUUAGUAAGGGAUUUCAUCUCCAACGGCGUUGAUGGAAUAUGGAAUGAUAUGAACGAGCCUGCUAUGACAACUACUACUAAAACAAUGCCUGAGAGCAAUAUACAUAGAGGAGAUGCUGAUAUUGGUGGUGUCCAGAAUCAUUCUUACUAUCAUAAUGUUUAUGGAAUGCUGAUGGCAAGAUCUACUUAUGAAGGAAUGGUGAUGUCCAAUACAGAAAAGCGACCAUUCGUUCUUACACGAGCUGGUUUUAUAGGAAGCCAAAGAUAUGCUGCAACAUGGACUGGUGAUAAUCUCUCGAAUUGGGAGCAUUUGCACAUGAGUCUAUCAAUGGUUCUUCAGUUGGGUUUGAGUGGUCAGCCACUGUCGGGUCCUGAUAUUGGUGGGUUUGCUGGAAAUGCUACUCCAAGACUUUUUGGAAGAUGGAUGGGAGUGGGUGCGUUGUUUCCUUUCUCACGUGGCCAUUCUGAAGCUGGAACCGUCGAUCAUGAGCCAUGGUCCUUUGGUGAAGAGUGUGAGGAAGUUUGUCGUCUCGCGCUACUAAGACGGUAUCGGCUACUGCUACACAUCUACACUCUGUUUUAUGUUUCACAUAAGAAGGGUACUCCAGUUGCUGCGCCACUUUUCUUUGCUGACCCACAAGACACAGAACUGAGGAAAAUCGAGACUUCGUUUCUCCUGGGGCCACUUUUAGUUUGUGCAAGCACUUUACCUGAUAAAGGAGCUCAUGAAUGUGCACAUAAGUUACCAAAUGGCAUUUGGUUACCUUUUGAUUUUGGAGAUUCCCACCCCGAUCUCCCAGUGUUGUAUUUAAGAGGUGGAGCAAUUCUUCCUGUAGGCCUUCCUAUUCAGCAUGUUGGUGAAGCAAGUUUAGGGGACGAUUUAUCACUACUUGUUGCAUUGGAUGAAAAUGGUAAAGCUGAAGGUGUCUUGUUUGAGGAUGCCGGCGAUGGAUACGGGUUCACACAGGGAGACUAUCUGCUGACAUAUUAUGUCGCCGAAGUCCACUCAUCAGUGGUUUCUGUGAAAGUUCUGAAAACUGAAGGAUCCUGGAAGAGACCAAAACGUAACUUAAACAUAAGUAUUUUGCUUGGUGGAGGUGCUAUGAUGAGUUCACGCGGUGUGGAUGGCGAAGAGGUACAUUUUAUGAUGCCUUCUGAGUUUGAAGUGUCCAGCUUGGUUGCAGCAAGUGAACUUGAUCUCAAGGAACGUUUAGAGACAAUUCGUCCUAUACCUGAUAUGGAUAAGCCAUCGGGACAGGAAGGUGCUGAUCUGUCAAAAACACUUAUUAUUUUGAAGAGUGGGGACUGGUUUCUUAAGAUUGUACCAUGGAUUGGCGGCCGUAUUAUUUCGAUGACUCAUCUUCCUUCUGAUUCCCAGUGGCUACAUAGCAGGAUUGAAAUCCAUGGUUAUGAGGAGUACAGUAGGACUGAAUAUAGGUCUGCUGGCUGCACAGAAGAGUACAAGAUCGUGAGGGGGCAUCUGGAGCAAUCAUGCGUGGAGGAAUCCAAAGUUUUCCUGGAAGGAGAUAUUGUGGGUGGACUGGUUCUUCAGCGCCACAUAUCUAUUCUGACGGACAAUCCCAAGAUUGUCCAGAUUGACUCUAGCAUUGAAGCAAGAAGUGUUGGGCCUGGCUCUGGUGGAUUCUCAAGGUUGGUCUGUUUGCGAGUCCGUCCCACCUUUACGCUUCUACACCCAACUGAGGUAGUUGUUGCUUUCACGGCCAUCAAUGGUUCAAAACAAGAGAUCUCUUUAGAUUCCGGAGAAGUGACACUGGAGGGAGGCCUCCGACCGAACGGGGAGUGGACGCUGGUGGACAAGUGUUCAGGGCUGAGCAUGGUAAACCGUUUCGAUCACCGUCAGGUUAGCAAAUGUUUGGUGCAUUGGGGAACUAGUGAUCUGAACAUGGAGCUCUGGUCUGAUGAGAGGCCAGUUUCGAAAGACACGCCGUUGAGGAUCUGCCACCGGUAUGAGGUGACACAAACAUGA